AUGACACUUUCGGUGGAUGCAUCGCUCUCUCUGGUUCAGGGGCCUACCUCGCCGCCUCUUAUUCUGAAGCCGCUUGGUUCUAUCAUUGAAGAACAAUCGAAAAAGUAUGGGGACCGCCCUGCGGUCAUUGUCCCCUGGCAGUCUACGCGGCUCACUUAUCGGGAGCUUGCAGACCGCAGCAAAGUCAUAGCCAAAGCAAUCCUUGAGGUUGGACUUCAUCACGGAGACCGUGUGGGAAUCAUUGCAGGGAAUUGCUAUCAGUACAUUGAGCUUUUCCUUGGGGCUGCUCGCAUUGGAUGCCCCUAUGUAGUUUUCAACAAUACGUACUCGCCCGACGAGUUGAAAAAUGCCGUGCUAGCCAGUGGCUGCAAACUCCUCUUGAUGUCACCUCAAAUAGGGACAAAAUCACUGUCGCCGCACCUAGAAAGUCUCUUGCGUCUUGAAAAAGGACAGUCUCCGAUCAAACAAAUUGUCUACCUGCAGAAAUUCGAACAAGCUCCUCAGGGGAGCAUGCUUGAAUCUUACAGCUUCUUCUUCAACCGCGGACAGUCAAUUUUCAUGAACGACUCCGUCUUGAGACGAGCAGCACGCAAGGUUCGCCCUUCGGAUGUACUCAACCUCCAGUUUACUUCCGGAACCACAGGUCGCCCGAAGGCCGCCACUCUCACUCAUAUCAACUUGGUGAAUGAUGCUCAAUUCGUGGGCGACGCCAUGCGUCUGACCGAGGCAGACGUUGUGUGCUGCCCCCCACCUCUGUUCCACUGCUUCGGGCUCAUCAUGGGCUUCCUUGCUUCCUUCUGCCACGGCAGUUCCAUCGUGUUUCCCUCUGAUAAUUUCAAUGCAGAGGCAACACUAUCCGCUGUGUUGAACGAGAAGGCGACGGCCCUCCUUGGAGUUCCAAGCAUGUUUCUUGCCGAGUUGGAGGCGCUCCAGCAGUCAGGCUCUCCAACCAACACCCUGCGGACAGGUCUCAUCGCAGGGUCUCCUGUGCCAGCCGCAUUGAUGACCGAUAUUCGCGAAAAGAUGCACGUCGAGGGCAUUCUCAUCGCUUAUGGGAUGACAGAGACCAGCCCAGUUACAUUUAUCACAUCCCUUGAGGAUGCUCAUGAGAAGAGAAAUGCGUCCGUGGGCAAGGCCCUUCCACAUACUGCGGCCAAAGUGGUAGAUGCUCAAGGAGCCAUUGUGCCGCGUGGAACUCGAGGAGAGCUAUGCACCAGUGGUUUCGCAUUGCAGAAGGGCUACUGGAAAGAUCAAGAAAAGACGAAGGAAGUGAUGAAGGUCGACGACAAUGGAGUGGUUUGGAUGCACACAGGCGACGAGGGCUUGAUCGACGCUGAUGGCUAUGCUCACAUCACAGGACGCAUCAAGGACUUGAUUAUUCGUGGUGGCGAAAACAUCUCUCCGACUGAGAUCGAAGAUCGAUUGCUCGGCCACCCCGCUAUUUCAGAGGCUUGUGUCGUUGGCCUCCAGGACAAAAGAUAUGGCGAGCUGAGUGAUUCGGAAGUUAAGGCCUGGGUUACGGAUAAGUUGGGACGGCACAAGGCCCCUGAGCAUGUGUUCUGGAUUGGUCACCCUGAUGUUGGAACCAGUCUGCCCAAGACUGGGAGUGGAAAGUAUCAAAAGCAUCUCAUACGAGAUUUGGGAGACGCGCUGCUCAACAAGUCGGCAAGGAAGGCAAAGUUGUAG